UCCCUAGAUCGCAUUCAAAUCUGCGAAAUCCUCCGUUUUCUUUCGGCGAUAAAUCUUUGAAAUUCGGCCGAUUUUCCCCGGGUUUUCGCAAAGAACCACCGAAAUUCGUCAACGUUUCGAGCGGCGUGCGACUCUCAGUGCUUGAAAUUGCGCUUUUAGCGAAAUCGCCUCCUCCAAGUUUGACUUUCAGUAUUGAUGGCUCGCAUCAAAAUGGUUUCGCGGCCCACCACUGGCUGUGUAUAUGCGUUGUUUUGGUAUAUCCGCAAUGCAGGCGUGCCGGAUUCGUACCAGCUUGUAGUGAGUGCAUCCUGGAUAUUUCUGGACAAAACCUAGGAGGGGAUAAGAUGGACACGGACAGCACGGAUGACUCCUCCUCAGACUAUUCAACCGAAUCCUCCGACGACGAUGGAAUGGAAACCGCCGAAAUAUGUGGAACCAAACUGCAAUUACCUCAGGGCCUGUGUGAACGAAAAGACAUCUUCCUUUCAGUUCUAUCAACCGAAACGUGGAAUUCUUUAUCCGACGUCCACAAACAACACCUGCAGACAUUUCUACCAAAUUUCCCCGACAACGACGACGACGAGAAAAACAAAACGUUACAGAAACUUUUCGACUGUGAAACUUUUCGCUUCAAUAGUCCACUGGAAAAGUUCCACGAGGACCUCAAAGCCGGUUAUUUCCGACCCGACAUCGCCAACAUGCGUAGGAUUAUCAAAAAAGCCCAAAAGAAAGAAGCCAUGUUCAGGUAUAAGAAAUUCCGGGAGAAGCUUAAACAGGAUGUCGUCGAAUCUCAGAGGAAGUUGGUCAGUCAGAUUAAUAAUCUACCGCCGGGUGUGGAACCGAAGGUGGAAAAAAACCACGAUCCUAAUUUGAAUUAUAUAGUGCAUAGGACGAAACGUAGGUACUUUCAAAUUCUAGCCUCGAUCCAAGCGAAAACCGAAGACAGGUAUUGUUCGCCGGAUGAGAAUUAUCCUGAAGGACCCCCGGUGCCUCUGUCGCGAAAGCAGAGGCGGCACAUGAACAGUAUCCGGAAUAACUACAUCGCCAACUCCGACGUGUACAUGUCGACGAUGUCGACGAAAGCCACCGCCCUAGAUUUGGAAAAGUUCAUAACGCCUUUACGCAACCCCUUUUAUAUAACCGACGAUACGUACAAAACGCUCAUUUCUCAACACAAGCGACGAAAAUUGGAAAGGUACGAGGAUCCGGAGUACAACACGAAAGGUAUAAGCGUCACGGACAUUGUAAAUAGGACACAGUUGCCUUACAUGAAAAACAUGACUUUCGCGCAGAAGCAUCACGACAAUAAGUUAGUUAAAAAGAAGAAGAAAGAGGUUAGGUUAAGCACGCAUUCACCGAAUAACUACACCGGACACAGUUCGAACUCUGAGAUCGAGUCCGAUUCCGAUUCGUUCGUCGACACGGUUAGUGUGAAUCACGUGAAAAAAGUGAAAACGAACCGAACCGUGAAAGCCGUGCCCAAAAACGCGAAAAGUGAGGUGAAACCGGAACUGUUCACGCCCCCGAAGGUGGAGACUCCGCCCACUACUAGCAGCAACGUGAUAAAAACGAACGCCUUCUCGCAGUACGGGAAGGUAACACCUGUAACGAUUUCAGACCUAGAGGGGAUCGACAUGAUGGAAAUACCCAUCGAUCUGGAUAACUCCGACAUCGAUAUUCUCGAACUGAACAACAAACCGGAGCUCAUGCAGGAAACCCACUCGAAUUUCUUGUCGUUGGUCAGGGACAUCAUCUGCUCGACGAACGAGCACCGGAUGAGUUUGUCCACCCUCGAGGACAGAUUGAAAUCGUGGCAGGAAAACCCUAUAAGUCCGUUGAACGAUUGGUACAGUUUGUCCGAUAACUGGAUCGGCUUGCUAAAAAGUGCUAUUAAUUUUCUAUGCGGUAAUUCUCCUGAGCAGCCGGACGAUUUUGUCCCGUACAUGGAGUAUAAAAUGUCGCUAGAUAUGUAUCAGUGGAUAGGGGCCGGCCGUGACUCGGAUGCUCUGUUGGCGCCUUUGUGCCACUACUGGUUGGAGCAUCGGAGCGAAGGCAAGAGCAAUAAGGACAAGGACAGAGACGAACUCGACGUGGAGCUUUCCGAUAGGUCGCAGACUCCGCCUCCGCCUCGCUGUCCGACCAAUUGGACGGUGCGCAAAGCCACGUGUGACGAAAUCAAAGAUUUCCGUGAACAAGAACGCAAACGGUACGACAAUCCACACAAAGCGUUUACGUAUAGAUGCAACGGUUACGAAAGCGUUGUGGGCCCGCUGAAGGGAAUUUACAAUGCUUCAGUUGGCAACACGAAAGCGCGAGGACACACGAUGCUUAACGCUGACAGGCCGAAUUUCGUCACGAUUUUGUCAUUGGUUAGAGACGCGACGGCGAGAUUACCCAACGGAGAAGGCACACGUGCAGACAUUUGCGAAUUGCUCAAAAGCUCCCAGUAUAUUUCCAGUACUGCCCCUGAUAACGUCCUUCAGUCUGUUGUGAGCGGAGCGUUAGAUCGUAUGCACACACAGUUCGAUCCUUGCGUCAAGUACGACCCGAAACGUAAAAUCUGGAUUUAUUUGCACAGAAAUCGCACCGAAGAAGAUUUCGAGCGCAUCCACCAACAGUAUCAAGGUCUCAACAAAAGCAAAAAAGCCACCAACAAGAAAGCACCCCCCAAACCCAAAACGAAACCCGACAAAGUCAACAAAGUCAUCAAAAACGAAGAGAAGAAGGGCGUAGUCAACAAAGUAAAAACCGUCGAGACUCCGCCCCCUAAAACUAACUCCCUCCUCAUCUCCAAUCAAGAGAAAGUUCCCACUCCCGAAGAUAAAGAAAUCAACGAAGCCUUACAAGCCAUCGUGCAAAGCCGAGUUUCCACGUCUAGUCCCACCAUCAAACAAACCCCUCCCAAACCUAAAGGUUUAGUGAAAAUCAUCUCCCCCACCCAAGGUAAAUCUCUGAUCAUCCCUUCGACCAACCCCGUUAUCAAACAGGUACCAGAACAACGCGCCACACCCCCGAAACAACUCAACCAAUCCCAAGUAGUUACCCAACAGCUCCUCCAAACCCUACAAGCCAAACAGAAACAAGUCAUUAAAGAGGGAGAAAAGACUGAGGUUAAAACUACACAGCCACAAUUCAUACAGAGCAUCACGCCACAACAGCUUCAGAGUAUCAAGAAUGUGACGCUGGUAAGGGGCGUAACACAGGCGGAGCCUACGAAAAUGGGCGGGGCGUUGCCGGAGCAGAUACAGAUAAAGACGCAAGCGACGUUGACGCCCGCUCAACAGCAGCAGAUCUUACAGACGAUUAAGCAGAAGAUAUUGCCGCAGGCGACGGUGUUGAAUUCGCAGCAACAGCAACAGCAGCAACAGAUUAUUUUGAAACAGAAGGCGAUGCAGAAGCAAGUGGUGGGGCAGCAGGCGCAAGCGAAGAGUGUUACGAUUGAAGGGUCGAAAGCGGGACUAGCGACGACGCAGAGUCCGGUUGUGGCGAAGGUGUUGACGAAUGCGGCGGGUCAGGUGAUUUCCGUGGAGAGCUUGUUGGCGCAUCAGAAGCAGCAUGGGUCGUUACCUCAAGGUACUACUCUGCGUGUCUCUGGUACGAAAGGCGGUCCCACCAACAUCAUCCAACUCACGGGCACGUCUAAGCAGAACCCCAUAGCCCAGUUCGCCGUUGCUUCCCAGAACAACAUCAUCAUAACCAGCCAGCCGAAACUAGUCGUCGCCACCACAACCACCACCACGACUACAACCACCACCACCGCCCCGGCCCCCGUCACCAGCACCAUCACCACCACGGUGACGAAACCCGCUGCACGAAUCACCACCAGCAAGCCCUCCCAGCCGCAGCCCGUGACCACCGCCAAAUUCCCUCCAAAGAUCACCCAGCAACUCAUCAACGCCAAGCUGAUAACCAGCGACGGCCAGAAGAUCGUCCAACCGAAGAUCUUCAUGAGCCAACAGAACCAAGUCAAGCUGGCAUCGGCGAAGAACAUCUCUCUGACGUCGAAACCCGUGACGUUGGCCGCUAACGCCAACACGAUCCGCAUGGUGAACGCCACCAACCUGAACCUGACUCACAUCGGCGGCAAACCCGUGCUGCUGGCGAGUAAGGGAACCACGAUACAGAAUAUCCAGGGCCAGAACGUGAUCCUUCAGACGCAACCGAACACCAGCGGGGGCUCGCUGGUGCUGCAGAAUGCGGUCAAAGGGCUGCCGACGACGCAGCAGAAUGCGCAGAACAUCAACAUCAUCAAUCAGCAGAACGUGGUGUUGGGGCCGCAGCUCAAAGUGCAGGCGCCGCAGCAGGUCGUGUUCAGUUCGGGCGUGAAAAGUGCGACGAACCAGAGUAUGACUCAAGGACACAUAGUGCUGGAAGGACACCCGGUGAGGUUGCAGACGAGCACGGCGACGAACACGCAGCGAGUGGUGCUGGCGAGUCAGGGGCAAGGGGGGCAGAUCGUGGCGCAGCAGAUCUUGCUGCCGGCUGGGUUUCAGGGGACGGCGAUCAACAUCAAGGCGUUGCAAGGGGUGAAGGUGAUACCGUUGGCGCAAGCGCACGGCCAAGGGAGAGGUGUCCAAGGGCGGCAAGUGUUUGCAAGAGUGAUGAGUCCGACCGUAGUGAAGGCAGCAACGAGUUGUAGUACACCAGAAAAAAGUACAGAUCCUGCAAUAACAUCGUCAGAUUAAUUCCUGUAUAUACAUUUUAGUUUACUUCACGUUGUAUUAGUAAAUGUAACGGUUUUUUUAAAACAAGAACUAAGAAACUCAAAUGUAAAUUAUCUCAGUCCUGGUUGUAAGAUUUUCUAUUUAUUUACAUUUUUUUGGUUUUUGUGAUGUACAUAUUGUAAUAGUCGUAAGUAGGUAAUUGUUUAAUAAUUUAUGAUGGAUGUGUAGUUGCAAUACAACAAA